ACGUCACUUCCGAGGCUGGAGACAAAAUGGCGCCCGGACGGUGCCGGCGCUGAGGCCGCUCCCGGCGGGGCCGCAGGGCUCAUGUAAUCACAGGAGUUUCUUUGUUGUGAGUAUCUUUUCAGAGCACAACAGGAAUUCAAAAUGAAUCAGAACACAACUGAGUCUCCUGUCACUGUGGAGACCUUGGAUGAUGUACCUGAGCACGUGCUUAGGGGCCUUCCUGAGGAUGUGAGGCUCUUCCCAUCUGCUGUGGACAAGACACGGCUGGGUGUCUGGGCAACAAAAUCAAUUUUAAAAGGCAAGAAGUUUGGACCAUUUGUUGGUGACAAGAAAAAAAGAUCUCAAGUCAAGAGCAACGUGUACAUGUGGGAGGUGUAUUACCCCAACCUGGGCUGGAUGUGUGUGGAUGCAACGGACCCAGAGAAGGGCAACUGGCUCCGAUACAUCAACUGGGCACGUUCUGGCAAGGAGCAGAAUCUCUUUCCUCUGGAGAUCAACAGGACCAUAUACUACAAGAGCCUGAAGCCAAUCGCGGCGGGCGAGGAGCUGUUGGUGUGGUACAAUGGCGAGGACGACCCGGCCAUAGCGGCCGCGAUCGAGGAGGAGCGAGCGAGCGCCCGCAGCCGCCGGCACUCCCCGAAGGCCCGCAGAGGAAAGAAGAAGACUCAGGAAGGUAAAAACAAGGGAAAGAAGGCAGCAGAUACAAAACAGAAAAAGACUGAUUUGGAUUCUUCUUCUGCAGAUAUGAAGGAUUCUAAAGAGGGUCAUAAAGAGGAAGAUGAAACGCCUUCUGUUUCUGCUGUGCUGUCCCUGGAACAAACAGCUGUGAUUCAGGAAAUGGUAAAUCAAGAUGUGCUUCCAAAGUUGAUGAUCCCCAGUCCGACCAAUGAACCACAAGUGGUAACUGAAGACAAACAAGGAGAAGCAAUAAACUGUGCGUCAGAUGAUUUAGAUGACGAUGAAGAGGAGGAGGAUGAAGAAGAGGAAGAUGAGGAGGAGAUGGAAGACGCCAAUAUGCCUAAAGAAAAUGCUGAAAUGCCUUUGAUGUGCGAAGAAAAGUUGGACUCUCUGGAAGAACAAAAGAGCACGUCGGAGGAGUCGCCGGAAAACUCUCCAAAGAAAAAGCUGGUGGUGAAAAUCCCAAAAGCAAGAGGUGAAUCCAACGGUGACGUUCAGGAAACGUUCAUGUUUCCCUGUCAGCACUGUGAGAGGAAGUUCACAACAAAGCAAGGGCUCGAGCGCCACAUGCACAUCCACAUAUCCACCCUCAACCACGCCUUCAAGUGCCGGUACUGCGGGAAGGCCUUCGGCACCCAGAUUAACCGGCGAAGGCACGAGCGACGCCACGAGGCUGGGCCCAGACGGAAACCUUUCCUAACCCUGACGUCAUCACAACACCUGGAUAACGUUGCUGAUAACCAGGUAAUUGUGGAUGACGGUCUUAAAGACGACCCGAACGUUCCCGGCCUCGUGCAAGACUCCGUUGUCUUGGAUUCUGAGAAAGCUUCCCAAGAAACCUCCAACUCGACGUUCGCUGAGGAGAACAAGGAGCCCAAAGAAUUGCACCCGUGCAAAUACUGCAAGAAGGUGUUUGGAACUCACACCAACAUGAGGAGGCACCAGCGCAGGGUUCACGAGCGGCAUCUUAUUCCCAAAGGGGUGAGGAGAAAAGGAUUCUUCACCGAGGAGCCGCCGCUUCCCACGGAGCCGGCCCCCGCAGUGCAGAGUGUGUACAUAGCCAGCACUGAGAUCGAGGAGGAGGGGGAAGUAGAUGAUGUCUAUAUUAUGGAUAUUUCCAGCAAUAUCUCUGAGAAUUUAAAUUAUUACAUUGAUGGGAAAAUCCAGUCCAACAGCAGCACGAGCAAUUGCGAUGUGAUUCAGAUGGAGUCCAACUCUGCAGACCUGUAUGGGUUGAAUUGCAUCAUCAGUCCGGUCACGGUGGAAAUUUCCUCCAAUAUAAAGGUUACGCAAGCACAUGUGAGUGAACCUCCUAAGGAACCCUCUAGCAGUGGGAGCAACGAAUCCAAAAAGAGAAGAACUGCCAGCCCUCCUCUUGUACCAAAAAUAAAAACUGAAAUAGAGCCAGAACCUAUAACUCCUACAAGUUCUUUAAAUCUUCCUCUUAGCAUUUCAACAGAAGGCUUAUCUUUUCAUAAAGAAAAAGGGGUUUAUUUGUCAUCAAAAUUAAAGCAGCUUCUUCAGACCCAGGACAGUAAGACGAUAACUCCAUCAAAUGAAAUCCCUAAACUAGGACCUUCUGUUACAUCAUCACCUAUUUUGCCUCCAGUAUCCAGCAGGUUUAAAAGAAGGACCAGCUCUCCUCCCAGUUCUCCACAGCACAGUCCGGUGCUUCGAGACUUUGUCAAAUCAGCUGAGGGAAAAACUGUGUGGAACGAUAAUAUCCGGAGCUCAAAAAUGCCAAAGUUAGAAAGCCACAGCAGCAGCUCACCUGCUUGGAGCGUGACUGGAAGGGAGGACAAAGAGACUCUGAGCCCUCACUGCUUUGAAGAAUACAAAAUAUCAAAAGACUGGACAGCAGCUCCAACAUUUGGCAACGUGUGCAACCAGCAGCCACUGGAUUUAUCCAGCGGUGUGAAACAAAGGUCUGACGUCAAAAGUAAGACUCAGGUCCCCUGGGAGUCCGUUUUAGACUUGAGCGUGCAUAAGAAGCCCUGCAGCGACGCCGAAGCUCGGGAAUGCAAAGAAAAUUCCACUCAGCCAACGUGUAGUGGUGUUAAGAAGAAGAAACCAACCACGUGCAUGCUACAGAAGGUGCUGCUGAACGAGUACAACGGGACGGAGGCGGCCCCGGACGGCGCGCCGGGGUGAACAGCAGUGCCAGCCCCGGCAAAGCCGGAGCCUCAGGCAGAGCCCGACGUGGAUCCCGGGCUCUCGGCAUCCUCUCCCAGUGACGCUCAGCCCCUCAAUUCCUCCGCCUCCCCUGUGCCACAGGCACCCGCUGUACCCCCCGUGUGCCAGCUGCCCCCCUUGUUAACCCCCACUAACCCCCCGUCCCCGCCGCCCUGCCCGCCCGUGCUAACAGUCGCUACAUCGCCUCCUCCCCUGCUCCCAACCAUGCCCUUACCCAUUCCAGAUGUCUCUGCCAGUGCCACUAACACCUCCUCCUGUCCAUCACCGCUCUCCAACACUACUACCCAGUCCCCGCUACCGGUUCUUUCACCUACGGUUUCUCCUUCUCCAUCCCCUGUUCCUUCUGUUGAACCUCUUAUUUCUGCUGCCUCACCCGGCCCUCCUACACUCUCAUCCUCCUCUUCCUCCUCCUCUUCCUCCUCUUUCUCCUCCUCCUCGUCUUCAUCAUCUCCAUCUCCGCCUCCUCUUUCAGUAGUUUCUUCUGUUGUUUCCUCUGCUGAUAAUCUUGAAAGUUCUCUCCCAAUAAUAAAACAGGAAGAAGCUGAAAACGAGCAGCAGAAAGCAAGAGAAGAUCCUCACACUUCCAGUGACUCGGGAGUGGUGCAGGAAACCUUCAAUAAGAGCUUUGUGUGCAAUGUCUGCGAAUCCCCUUUUCUUUCCAUUAAAGACCUAACGAAGCAUUUGUCUGUUCAUGCUGAAGAAUGGCCCUUCAAAUGUGAAUUCUGUGUCCAGCUUUUCCGGGAUAAAACAGACUUGUCGGAACAUCGCUUUCUGCUCCACGGAGUGGGGAAUAUCUUUGUUUGCUCCGUCUGUAAAAAGGAAUUCGCUUUUUUGUGCAAUUUGCAGCAGCAUCAGCGGGAUCUCCAUCCAGACAAAGAGUGCACGCACCAUGAGUUUGAAAGUGGGACUUUGAGACCCCAGAAUUUUACUGAUCCCAGUAAAGCCAACGCGGAGCACAUGCAGAGCCUACCAGAAGAUUCCCUGGAACCUUCUAAAGAGGAGGAAGAUGAAGAUCUAAAUGAUUCCUCUGAAGAGCUUUAUACCACGAUAAAAAUAAUGGCUUCUGGCGUGAAAUCUAAAGAUCCAGAUGUUCGUAUGGGCCUCAAUCAACACUACCCGAGCUUUAAACCACCUCCCUUUCAGUAUCACCACCGCAAUCCCAUGGGCAUCGGAGUUACUGCCACGAACUUCACUACCCACAAUAUUCCUCAGACUUUUACUACUGCCAUUCGAUGCACAAAAUGUGGGAAAAGUGUGGAUAACAUGCCUGAGUUACACAAACACAUACUGGCCUGUGCCUCUGCCAGUGAUAAAAAGAGAUACACACCUAAAAAAAAUCCAGUGCCCCUCAAACAGACAGUGCAGCCUAAGAAUGGCAUGGUGGUUAUAGCUGGGCCUGGGAAGAACGCCUUCAGACGAAUGGGUCAGCCUAAAAGACUCAAUUUCAACGUUGAGAUUAGCAAAAUGUCCUCCAACAAACUAAAAAUAAGUGCAUUGAAAAAGAAAAACCAGCUUGUCCAGAAAGCUAUCCUGCAGAAAAAGAAAUCUGCCCAGCAGAAGGCGGAGAUGAAAAAUAAUCCAUCCGAGUCGGACCCUCACAUCUGCCCCUACUGCAGCAGGGAGUUCACCUACGUCGGCAGUUUGAACAAGCACGCCUCAUACAGCUGUCCCAAAAAACCCAUCUCUCCCUCCUCUAAAAAGAAUUCUUCCAAAAAGAGUGCGAGCUCCUCCCCUGCGAGCAGCGACAAGGGCGGCAACCAGCGCAGGCGAACGGCGGACGCGGAAAUCAAGAUGCAGAGCACUCAGCCCCACCUGGGCAAGACCCGAGCACGGACCUCGGGGCCGGCCCAGCUCCAGCUCCCCUCGGCCUCCUUCAAGUCCAAACAGAGCGUGAAAUUUGUCCCUUCCAUGCGCUCCAAAAAGCCAAACUCCUCUUCGUCCCUGAGGAACUCUAGCCCUGUGAGAGUGUCUAAAAUGUCCCACGUGGAUGGGAAAAAAACUAAGGUGGUCACUAAGAACAGCUCCUCCGGAAUGCCCAGCAAAGCGUCCCGCAAAUUGCACGUCAGAAUACAAAGGAAUAAUAAAGCUGUUCUGCCGAGUAAAUCCGCUGUGGCAAGUAAGAAAAAGGCAGACAGGUUCAGUGUAAAGUCUAGAGAGAGGAUUGGGGGACCCAUCACACGGAGCCUGCAGCAGGCAGCGAACGCAGAGGCAGCAGAAAACAAAAGAGAUGAAAGCAGUACAAAGCAAGAGCUAAAAGACUUCAGUUACAGGCUCCGGGUGGCCUCUAGAUGUCCCUCCUCCUCCUCGCAUAACCCCAGCGCCAGGCAAUGCAGGAAAGCCGGCUGCACCUCCUGCUCCAAGGAAUAGAGAGCCCUCGGCACAUCCCACCAAACCAGGAACUUCUGACCGGAAAAGGAGAGGUGAAAUAAUCCCUCCAGCAUUAUCCUCCCCUGCCUUUGCUCGGAUGAGGUGGGACAGACAACAGGGACAGCGGUUUCUUCUGCUGGAAGCACUCCAGUCAUUUCAUCCUUCCAAAGGAAAGAGCACAGAGCAGAUCCUGCCUUUUCUGGAGAGUGGUGAACUGU